UAAAUUAGAGUCCAGACCAGUGAUUUCGAGAGAGCCACCAGGAUCAUUUCUAAGCGCUUCUCAUGACGAAGGGUGCAGGAGCAGAUGUGCUGGGGCCUCCUACGAGGGGCACGUGAAGAGAGGCUGGUGCGGGGCUCACAGCGACCCAGCCCUACCCGCCCGGAUUUUAAAAGAAAAGCGCGCCAGUCAUUUGGAAGAGCGACGUCGCCAGACCCGGCAGGCGCGUAAGCGCCCGGGGUGAAAGCCGCCUCCAGAGGGUCCGAGUCACGUGGGGCGGGUCCACGUGACCGGAGCCCCGACCCAACAUGGCGGCGCCCACGGACCGAGGGCUCCUCUUCCUGCUCGCGCUGCUCGGCUUCCUUCGGGCAGCGUCCGGCGGCCUCGGCUCGGGGGCCUCCCGCGACGACGACCUGCUGCUGCCCUACCCCCGCGCGCGCGCGCGCUUCGCCCGGGACUGCACGCGGGUGCGCGCCGGCAGCCGCGAGCACGAGAGCUGGCCCCCGCCCGCCGCGACCCCCGGCGCCGGCCGCCCGAGCGUGCGCGCCUUCGUCUCGCACUUCGGCGGGCGUGCGGUGACCGGCCACCUGACGCGGGUCGCCGCGCCCCUGCGCACCUUCUCGGUUUUGGAGCCCGGCGGGUCCGGAGGCUGUGCCGAGAGGCGCCGCACCACAGUGGAGGAGACCGCGCGGGCCGCUGGCUGCCGCGUGGCCCAGAACGGAGGUUUCUUCCGCAUGAACACGGGCGAGUGCCUGGGGAACGUGGUGAGCGACGGGCGGCGAGUGAGCAGCUCCGGGGGGCUGCAGAACGCGCAGUUCGGGAUCCGCCGCGACGGGACUCUGGUCACCGGGUACCUGUCUGAGGAGGAGGUGCUGGACACUGAGAAUCCAUUUGUGCAGUUGCUGAGUGGUGUCAUAUGGCUGAUUCGCAAUGGAAGCAUCUACAUCAAUGAGAGCGAGGCCACUGAGUGCGAUGAGACUCAGGAGACAGGUUCGUUUAGCAAAUUUGUGAAUGUGAUGUCGGCCAGGACAGCUGUGGGCCAUGACCGUAAGGGGCAGCUGGUGCUCUUCCAUGCAGAUGGACAGACAGAACAGCGCGGCGUCAGCCUGUGGGAGAUGGCAGAGUUCCUGCUGCGACACGACGUGGUCAACGCCAUCAACCUGGACGGAGGUGGCUCUGCCACCUUCGUGCUCAACGGGACCUUGGCCAGUUACCCCUCAGAUCACUGCCAAGACAACAUGUGGCGCUGUGCCCGGCAAGUGUCCACCGUGGUGUGUGUGCAUGAGCCCCGCUGCCAGCCGCCAGACUGUAGCGGGCACGGGACCUGCGUGGAGGGUCGCUGUGAGUGCUCGGGGCGCUUCUGGAGAGGCUCUGCCUGCAGCGAGCUGGACUGCGGCCCCUCCAACUGCAGUGGGCAUGGGAUGUGCACAGAGACUGGCUGCCGCUGCGAUGCUGGAUGGACGGGGUCCAACUGCAGUGAAGCGGGUGGCCAGGAGAGCAGAAAUGUGUCCUCCCACAGUUCAGGAGACCAGGACUCAAACCCAAGAGAAAGGCCCCGACGCCAGAAGCCUGAGCUCUCCUCCCAUCUCCUCUCUGCAGAGUGUCCCCUCGGCUGGCACGGGCCAGGCUGCCAGCGGCCCUGCCGGUGUGAGCACCAGUGUCCCUGUGACCCCCAGACUGGCAACUGCAGUGUUUCCCAAGUGAAGCAGUGCCUCCAGCCGCCUGAGGCCACCCUGAAGGCAGGAGAGCUCUCCUUCUUCACCAGGACCACCUGGCUGGCCCUCACCCUGGCCUUGUUCUUCCUGCUGCUGAUCAGUAUUGUGGCCAACGUGUCCUUGCUGCUUGGCUCCAGAGCAGAGAGGAACCGGCACCUGGACGGGGACUACGUGUACCACCCACUGCAAGAGAUGAACGGGGAGCUCCUGGCGCCUGAGAAGGAGCAGGCUGGGGACACCCACGACCCCUUCAAGGACUGAUCCCUGAGCUGCCCACGUGACCUGUCCUGAAGGAUCACGUCUACUUCUGCAGGAGGGAUUCUGAGGCCAGCCGCGUGGGCCUCAGCCCCAGCACUGCAGCCACACUUCGCGUGGCACCUGUGCCUCCACCCACCUGACCCUAGCCUGGCCCCCACCUGUCCACCUGCCACGGCACAUGCAACCCCAGCAACCCGGGGCUGCCGGAGAGACUGCUUCUGCUUCCCCGCCUGCCUGUGUCUGCUGCCAGAGAGGCCCGUCCCCCUGCCCUAGGGCCUGUGCCACUGCCAAAGAGUCUCCAACCUGGGGGUGGGGCCACUGGUGAACCGAGCUCAGUUACUGAAUCAUGACAGGUGGCAGGUCCCAGCCCCGCCACCCCCCGGGGUGGAGUAAAGGGAGCAGCCUGCCUUCCUGGCCACAUCACAGAACCCUUCUGUACAGACUCAUGGCUGAUGUGCCAACUAGAAUUCUGUUCCUGUGCUAGGAAGCUCCUCAGGGAGAGGACUGGGAAGGGAUGUUUCCAGGCCGGUUUAUCCUGCUGUGCAAAGGAUUUUCACUUGAAUAAACGGACAUCCUAAAAGGAGCCACCAGGGGGCGCCUGAGUUCUGA